CUUUUUUAAUCUUUUUUUAAGUGUGCAAGGUACCUACUUCGUCCAUACUUCGGUACGCCGGGUACGGGAUAGGUUAAAAAGUGGAACCCACUUUCAACCCUCCGAAAAAGCUUCGGCGAGACGCUAAACUAAAUCCUUAUCCUUAAACACCCCCCCGUUUCCCCCCUCUCUCUCUCUCAACCCUCAAGACAAGUCCAAACUAUGGACUCCCCUAUUGUCGCCCAGCUCUUCCGCCAGUUGUUCCGACACCCGGCUUGCCCAUCGAGGAGGAACCUUGCUGCAUUGUCGUCUUGCCUCCACCAUGGCCGGAGAAUAAAGCGCUGCGAACACCAGCAGAGGCGGCAUAUGGCCACCCGGAAUAUCACCAGAGGGGCGAAGCAAGGGCUACCCGAGAAGGAGAGCCAUUGGCAGCAAAGGACAGAGUUGUUUCCUGAGGACAUGUCGGAGGAGUAUAAGACGUAUCCUACCGUGACAGCAAACGACCUGAGAUCACGAAGGGAGCGUCCACAGAAAGUUAAGAUGCUUAUGCGCGACUUCAUCGAAGAUAGCUUAUACAACCCCCAUUAUGGCUACUUUUCAAAGCAGGUCGUCAUCUUUAGUCCCGGUGAGCCUUUCGAAUUUAAUUCGCUACACGACGAGCCUGCCUUCCACGAAGAGCUCGGACGGCGGUACAUCGAGUUCGAAGACGCUCUGGACAAAACUGAGGGCCGCCCCGACGACACUCGACAGCUCUGGCAUACUCCAACCGAGCUGUUCCGCCCUUACUACGGCGAAGCUAUCGCCCGUUACCUCCUGUCAAAUUACCUGAUGACGACGUAUCCCUAUCACGACCUCAUUAUAUACGAGAUGGGUGCCGGUCGCGGCACUCUCAUGCUCAACAUCCUCGACUACAUCCGAGAUAUUGAGCCUACCGUCUACGACCGCACAAAGUACAAGAUUAUCGAAAUUUCUUCCUCUCUGGCCGCCCUCCAAAACUCCCAACUUCUCGCUACAGCUGCAUCUAGGGGGCACGCGAACAAAGUCGAAAUCAUCAAUAAGUCCAUUUUUGAUUGGGACGCCCGGGUGCCCUCCCCCUGCUUCUUCUUAGCCAUGGAGGUCUUCGACAACUUCGCCCACGACGUCCUGCGCUACGACAUGCAGACCGAAGAGCCUCUCCAAGGCACCGUGCUGAUCGACGGCAACGGGGACUUCUACGAGUUCUACGAGCCCGUGCUGGACCCCGUCGCGGCGCGCUUCCUGCGCGUGCGACACGCCGCCACCGCCGGCCUGUAUCGCGUCCCGUACCCCACGAACCGGGCCGCCCGCUGGUUCAAGACGCAAUUGCCGCUCGCGCCCAACCUCAGCGACCCCGAGUACAUCCCCACGCGCCUCAUGCAGUUCUUCGACAUCCUCGAGCGCGCGUUCCCCGCCCACAGGCUCGUCACGAGCGAUUUCCACACGUUACCUGACGCGGUGCGCGGGCUCAACGCGCCCGUGGUCCAGACGCGGUAUCAACGGCGCACGGUCCCCGUGUCGACGCCCCUCGUGCACCAGGGGUACUUCGACAUCCUGUUCCCCACCGAUUUCCACGUCAUGGAGGCCAUGUAUCGCGCGCUGACGGGGAAGCUUUCGCGGGUCAUGGGCCAUGAGGCCUUCAUGCGGUCGUGGGCGUUCGUAGAGGAUACGACGACCCAGAGCGGCGAGAAUCCGCUCUUGAGCUGGUAUCGGAAUGCUAGUGUUAUGGUUACGGUGUAAUAUGCCGCCGUAGAUAUUGUGUUGAUUGAUACCUUUGAUGCCAUUAUCAUUACACCGUGGGAGGGGGGUGAUUACGGCGUGGUGAGUAGGAGAGUAGAGCAGACAUACUGGAUGCGAAUAAGCCAUAUCACCCCAUGGCAUGACUCCGUUAAAUACCACAACCAUUAUAACUGAGUAGAA